AAAUGAAAGUAUUUUAUGACAGAUCAGACUCUCAGAGUCUUUUAUACAUCUUUGUAUUACCAGUAGCAUUUAUACUUAUUGUUUAUUUCUACUGUCUUCACAGAAUAAGCUACUGGAAAAGACGCGGUGUGCAACAGUUGCAAAGAACAGACAUAAUUUUUGGUAAUUUCAAAAAUGGAAUUUUGUUCCGCACCGCUCCAGGAUUCCACUUGGGAGAAAUUUACCGCAAGGCGCUUCAGGACGCGCCUUAUGUCGGUUUCUACAUUUUUCACAAGCCAUGUCUUUUGCUGCGGGACCCGGAGAUAAUCAAGCAGAUUUUGAUCCGUGACUUUGAUAAUUUUUCCGACAGACAUUUCGCUGGGCCCCAACAGAAAGACAGCAUUGGAAUGAGGAAUUUGUUUGGGUUGAAAAAUCCUGCCUGGAAGUACUUGAGGAGCAAAAUAACUCCGACGCUUACUCGCGGAAAAUUGAAGCAAAUGCUCCCGCUGAUGAUGGAAACUACGCAGCCUAUGAUGAAAUAUCUGAAAAAUGAAUGUCUUGAUGACAAAAUUAAAGUUAUUGAUGCUCAGGAGAUUAAUUACAAGUAUACUGCUGACCUUAUUGCCAAUGUCGCUCUUGGUACUAAAACUGACUCUUUUCAGUAUCCCAAUUCUGAUUACAGCAAAUCUCUUAUGGAAUUCUUCCAUGGGUUCAAACGUAUGGUAGCGUUGGUCACAGUGUUUUUUAUGCCUGAACUUGUACAAACGAUCGGAUCUCCAAUGUUAUUUGAUUCGACGUUUGUUAGAAAACUUUUUUGGAGCGCAGUUGAAUCUCGAGAAAAAAGCGGUUUUAAAAGAGGAGAUUACAUUGAUUCAAUCAUUCAAUUGAAGAAUGGAGAGAAAAAUUCACUUUAUAGGUUGGAGGGUGACAACCUUUUGUUCCAGUCCGGAACAUUUUUUUCUGGCUUUGAAUCAAGUUCAACUACAGCGACUUUCACUCUUAUGGAGUUAGCAAAGAAGAAAGAGUAUCAGGACCGUGCCCGAGAAGACAUAAAAAAAGCUAUUGACAAACAUGGAUGGACUUUCGAGGCUUUCAAUGGUAUGAAGUAUUUGGAUCAAUGUAUCGCCGAAGGCGUGAGAUUGCAUCCGUCCGUUUCUACAAUCGAUCGUUAUACUCUCCAAGAUUAUAAAAUACCUGACACGAACAUUAUCAUUGAAAAAGGCACUCCGAUUUAUAUUUCCCUGUAUGGCUUGCAUGGUGAUCCGAAAUUUUUCGACGAACCAGAAGUAUUUAAUCCUGAUCGGUUUAGCGAAGACCAAAAAAUUUCUGAUGCGUACAUUCCUUUUGGUGCGGGACCUAGAAUGUGUGUUGGUAUGAAAGUCGGACAAUUACAUGUCAAAGUUGUGCUCUCAAUGAUUUUGUCCGAGUACGAUGUCCACCAGAAUCCAAAAGAAAUUUAUAAGUUAGACUCACGGUCAACUUUUACUGCAGCUGCAAAUGGCAUCAAUAUUGAGUUUAGAAAAUUGAUCAAAUGA